AGCCUUCUGGCAGUCGAGAGAGUGGCCCCGGACAGGCUGGUGCAGCUGAGCGAGGAGCGCCUCCGUGACGGGACAGUCCCCAGGCCCGCCUCUCCACCUGGUGAUGGUCAUUGUUCCCCUGAACAGGGAUGGAGGAGAGAACAUCCCAAGAAGCAGCAGAGUCACCCAGGGGACAGUUCCAGUCUUUGGAGAGCCAGUCUGAAUGUCUUUCCCCAGAGCUUCGGUUUCUGCAGGACACGGAGAUGGAGCAGGGAUUCAGUGGGGGAUUUCCAAUUUCGAAGCCUGAUGGAAUCUCUCAGCGGGAGCAAGAUCUACAAGUCUUUGAUCUGGAAUCUAAGAAUAGAGAAGUCAUAAGAGAUGACUGUUCAGAUGGAGAGACCAGAGAAGAAAACAAGCUGUUGAUUCCUAAGCGGAAAAUUUCAGAAGAAGUACAUUCAUACAAAGUGAGAGUAGGAAAAUUCAAACAAGAUAUUGCUCAAGUUCCUGAAACCAGAGAGGUUUAUAAGUCUGAGGACAGAUUAGAAAGACUCCAGGAGAUUCUAAGAAAAUUUCUCUUUCUGGAGAGAGAGUUUAGACAAAUAACAAUCAGCAAGAAGACUUUCAGCAGUGAGAAGAACACUGAACCUGAGAAAAGCUUCAGUCUAGACUCCACACUUGAUACAGAUCAGAGAGUUCUUAGAAUACAGACCACUGAUGACAGUAAAUAUGACAUGAAUUUCAACCAGAACCCAGCUGUUGGUGAACAAGAACCAAUAAAUCUAACAGAGAAUUUUCAGAGUACUGACUAUAAGGAAAGCUUAAUGGAUCUGUCCCACCUUAAUAAGUGGGAGAGCAUGCCUACCACCGACAGAUCCUAUAAAUGUGAUACUUGUGGGAAAACCUUCCAUCAGGCCUCAGCUCUUACUAGACAUCAGAGAAUUCACACAAGAGAGAAACCCUACAAAUGUAAGGAAUGUGAGAAAUCUUUCAGUCAGAGCUCAAGUCUUAGUCGACACAAAAGAAUACACACCAGAGAGAAAUCCUACAAAUGUGAAGCAUCUGAUAAAUCCUGUGAUGCACCUGAUAAGUCUUGUAGCCAGAGCUCAGAUGUGCUUCAACAUAAGAAGGGUCAUGCCAAAGCCAAGUCUUACAAGUGUGGAACCUGUGAAAGAGUCUUCAGCCGAAGUGUGCAUCUUACUCAGCAUCAGAGAACACAUAAGGACAUGUCCUGUAAAUGUACCGUGUGUGGCAGUGACUUCUGCCACACCUCAUACUUAGUUGAACAUCAGAGACUACAUCAUCAAGAGAAGUCCUAUGAGUAUGAUGAAUGUGGGCUGGCCUAUGUUAAACAGCAAGGAAUUCGUUUCCGAGAAAAGCCCUACUCGUGUAAUGAAUGUGGGAAAGACUUUAGAUUGAAUUCCCAUCUUAUUCAGCAUCAAAGAAUUCACACAGGAGAGAAACUGCAUGAAUGUAAUGAGUGUGGGAAAUCUUUCAGCCAAACCUCAUGCCUUAUUCAGCAUCACAAAAUGCACAGGAAAGAGAAAUCUUAUGAAUACAACAAUUAUGAGGAAAGUUUCAGUCACAGUUCUGAUCUUACUCUGCAACAAGAAGUUCCCAUUAGAGAGAGAGUCUUUGAUUGUGAUGCAUGGGAAGAGAACUUCAGUCAGAGAGCACACCUCAUCCAACAUGAAAGGGUCCAUACCAAAGAGAAACCUUAUGAAUGCAGUGAACUUGGGGAGACAUUUAGUCAAGUUCAGGCCUCAUUCAAUAUGUGAGAACUGAGACCAGGGAAAGUCACAUAUGUACUGAAUGCUAUGAUGUCUUCAGUCAUAGCUUAUUCCUUGGUCAGCAUCAGAGAAUUGAUACCAGAGAGAAACCCACUGAAUGUGAUGAAUAUUGGGAAGGUUUUUUAUUUUUUCUUAUUUUUGGUGUUAAAUUCUUCAUUGGUUCCUGUAAAUCAGUGCUAGAAUAUAUAGAAUAUGGUACAUUCUUCAGAUUAUUUUCAUACCUUAGUCACAGUUGGGGAAUUUGUACUGGAGUAA